AUGAGACCCUCGGGAGUCACCCCAAACACCUCCCCAGGGCCUCAUGGACGCCCCCCCCGGGACACCCUGAGACCCCAGGACACCGAGUCGCGGGGUCGCCGCUCGGUGGUGGCCGCGGCGCCGCUGGAGCUGGGGCGCCUGGCGGGGGUCGGGGACACCCCCCUGUCCCUGUCCCUGCGCCCCCGCACCCGCAAGGUGACAACGGCCACGCUGCGCCUGCGGCUGCGCGGGCUCGUCCUCAUGGAGGGACACCCCACUGUCCCCGUGUCCCCAGUGUCCCCUGUCUGUACACAAUGUCCCCGUGUCCCCAGUGUCCCCUGGCUGUCCCCAGUGUCCCCUGUUUGUCCCCGUGUCCCGAGCCCAGCCGCGCUGUCCCCGCAGGAGUCGCGGGGUCGCCGCUCGGUGGUGGCCGCGGCGCCGCUGGAGCUGGGGCGCCUGGCGGGGGUCGGGGACACCCCCCUGUCCCUGUCCCUGCGCCCCCGCACCCGCAAGGUGACAACGGCCACGCUGCGCCUGCGGCUGCGCGGGCUCGUCCUCAUGGAGGGACACCCCACGGACGAGGACAUGCAGAGUGUCACCAGCCUGAGCCCCCCCGGGGACGUGGCCGACCUGGGGGACUUCGAGAGUGACCCCGAGGAUGAGGGGGGGGCGCACAGGGCGGGGGGCGCCCCCCCCGCGCCCCGAGCGCCCCCCCGCAGCGGGGACCCCCCCGGUUUGGGGACACGGAGGGACCCCCCGGAGCCGGGGGGGGACCCAGUGACCCCCCCCGAAAUCACCGCGGCCUUCGACGCCUUCGCCGCCCUGGGGGUCCCGCGGCUCCUGGACCCCUCGGACAUGGAGACCCCCGACAGCCUGGGGGUCAUGACCUUCCUCAGCCAGGUCCGGGCGCUCCUGGGGACCCCCCCGGGGACCCCCCAGGACCCCCGGAGCGGCUCCACUGAGAAGGGGGCACCCCUGGAAUCAGCGAGUGACGUCAUCGAGGGGGGGCCUAGAACGACCCCCCCAGGGACCCCCAGGGACCCUCGGAGUGACGACACCGAGGGGGGGCCUCGAACGACCCCCCCAGAUUCCCGGAGUGACGUCACUGAGACGGGACCCCAAAUGAUCCCCCCGGGGACGCCCCCGGAUCCUCGGAGUGACGUCAUCUAUGGGGGGCCCCAAACGACCCCCCCAGGGACACGCCUGGAAUCACCGAGUGACGUCAUCGAGGGGGGACCCGAAACGACCCCCCCAGACUCCCGGAGUGACGUCACCGAUGGGGGGCCCGAAACGACCCCCCCGCCGACACCCCCGCGGCCCCGGAGCGGCUCCAUUGAGGAGGAGCCCCAAGAGCCCCCCCGGGACCCCCAAAUUGAGAUUCUGGAGGAGGGGGGAGGCUCCCCACAGGAACCCCAGCUCGAGCCCAUUGAGGGGGCGCCCCCCCAGGAGCCCCCCCCAGCAUUUGGGGAGGGGGCGGCAGUGCCCGGGCCCCCCCCACGAUCCCCCCGGCCCGCGGGGGUGGGGAGGGGUCUCCCCACGCCCCCCCCACGCUCCAGGAGCUUCCCUCGGCUGCGGGACCGGGGGGGACAAUGGGUGACGGCCGAGCUGGUGGCCCUGGAGCAGGAGCAGGCGCGCUUGGACGCUGAGGCCCCGGAGCUGGAACAGGAACUGCGGGCGCUGAUGGACAGCGGCGCGGACCCCGCGCGCGAGGAGCGGCUGCUCCGGGCCUGGUUCUCGCUGGUGCAGCAGCGGAAUUUGCUGGUGCGGCGACAGGACCAGCUGCAGCUGCUGGCGCAGGAGCGGGACCUGGAGCGACGCUUUGAGCUGCUGAGCCAGGAGCUGAGGGGACUGCUGGGGACAGAGGAGUGGCAGAAGCCGCCGGCGCAGCGCCAGCGCGAGCAGCUCUUACUGGAGGAACUGGUGGCACUGGUGAACCGGCGGGACCGGCUCGUGAGGGACCGGCACCGCCGCGAGAGCAGGUGGGGACACCGGGGGACACCGGGGAGGGGUCCGGGGGGGGUCCUGACCCCUUCGCUCUCCCCAAACCACCCGAGGGGACCUCCCCAGUCACCCUGCUCCAGGAAAGGGGCUGGGUUCAUGGGACUCCCGUCUCUGACCUCCUUUCUCCAGCUGAUGCAAUCCAAGGGAUGA